ACUAAAAUUUUUCAAGUGAUUGUCAGUAAUAUUGAAAUUAAAUAUAAAAAUUAUAGUUAGAAAACAAGAAAGAAAGUAUUGUGUACAAACGAAGAAUAAACAAUUAAGAACCAAAGGAUAAAAAGAAAGGAUAGCAAAAAAAAAAAAAAAAACAGAAAAAAGCAAAAGAAAAACUUAUUCAAAAUUAAGAAGUUAACAUAAUGUUAAGUUCGCUCGAUGCAUUAGCUAGUAAAAUAUCACCUGGCUCAGGAAAGAAAACUCCGUCCCAGCAGCAACUACAACAACAAUCAGCACAACAGCAACCACAUAAUAAUAACAUCAACAAUAACUCUAUUAGUCUUGGUAACAAUUAUCAACAGCAGCCACAGCAGCAGGAACAACAGCAACAAGAGCUGCAACAAGAGUUAGAUAAUCAACCGCAGCAACAACAACAGCAGCAGCAACAAUUGCAACAACAAACGCAGCAGCAACAACAACAGCAACAGCAGCCAUUAUCCACGACGGCUACACGUUUAAACGGCAAUCAUUAUAAUGGCCUGGAUAGCAAUGGAAACAAAUUAUGUCACAUCACUCACAAUACCGUACAUCCUUAUCACAAACAACCGCAUUCGCCAGGCAGCCGACAACAGCAGCAGCAGUAUCAGCAAAAAUUGCCAAACUUUAACUCAUCCCAAGCGAUGGCAACGGCACUGUCAUUAUCACCGCAAGAAACCCUGCAACAACAACAAUUGCAACAGCAGCAGCACGAACUGUUUCAACAGCAACUUCAACAACAGAAUCAUCAACUUUUUAUUCAGCAACAACCACAACAACAGCAUCAAUUUCAACAACAACAGCAACAGCCAUCACCCAAUACACCCGGCUCACAUUCCUACGACGAGAAUGAUUCCCAACAUGACUUUGGCAGUUGUCUGAAGGAGAAUGCCUUUAGUAUGAGUGAUAAGAGUAGCACCACCAACAGCCUACCGAAUAGUCCAAUUCAUACCAAUAACAACAACAAUAAUACAUCAUUGCUGAAUAAUAACAAUACCAGCUCAAGUAAUAACAAUAACAACAACAAUAAUAAUACGUGUAGUGCCAAUCGCAAUGUAUUGGACGAGGACUCAUGCUUUCGCAUGGAUGCCGAUACACCGUUCGGUGAGAAAGAACCCGAUCCGGACAAUAUCAAAAUGUUUGUUGGCCAAGUGCCAAAAUCCAUGGAUGAGGCUCAGUUGCGCGAAAUGUUUGAAGAGUAUGGUCCGGUGCAUUCGAUAAAUGUAUUGCGCGAUAAAGCGACCGGAAUCAGUAAAGGUUGUUGUUUUGUGACGUUUUAUACCCGCCGUGCUGCCUUAAAAGCUCAAGAUGCCCUACACAAUGUAAAAACCUUAAAUGGGAUGUAUCAUCCCAUACAAAUGAAACCCGCCGAUAGUGAAAAUCGUAAUGAACGUAAACUGUUUGUUGGUAUGUUAAAUAAGAAGCUGAACGAAAACGACGUACGUAAAUUAUUUGAAGUGCACGGUGCGAUCGAGGAGUGUACAGUGUUGCGUGAUCAGAACGGUCAAAGUAAAGGUUGUGCAUUUGUCACGUUUGCAACAAAGCACGCAGCGAUAUCAGCGAUUAAGACACUAAAUCAAAAUAAAACCAUGGAGGGCUGCACAUCGCCGUUAGUGGUAAAAUUCGCUGAUACUCAAAAAGAAAAGGAGCAAAAGAAAAUUCAACAAAUUCAAGCGAAUUUAUGGAAUUUGGCGACCAACAUUAAUAUACCAUUGGGACAAACAGCGACAACCGUCUCAACUCCGAUACUACCGAAUCCCCCGCAACAGGCUAGUCCUGUUUUGGGUGCCGAUGCCAUAACGCCGGCUUCUUUGCAAUUGCUGCAACAACUGCAGGCAGUCGGAUUGCAACAGCAACUAUUGCAAGGUUUGGGUGCGCAAACCAAUACAGCAGAUACGGCAGCCGCAGCAGCGGCUGCUGCUGGUUUACUACCUCCUAUGACUGUACAAAAUUUGGCUGCUUUGGCUGCUAUAACUCAACCUUCACUAACGAAUGCUGCUACCAAUCCGGGUAGUGCUCAACUGACUAAUACCGCCGCCUUAUUGUGUCUAUUAGGAAAAACCGCCAGUACAGGGUCUGAUCCGAAUCCUUUGGCUUCGGCCUAUAUGUCAACAGCUGCUGGAUUGCCACAAUUCAGUAGUGCCGCCUUAUCUACUUCACCUUUAGCCAGUGUUGCCUUAAGUACAGCAGCUGCUGCAGCGGCCGGUAAACAAAUCGAAGGUCCUGAAGGCUGCAAUCUAUUCAUAUAUCAUUUGCCGCAGGAAUUUACUGACACAGAUUUGGCAUCAACUUUCCUGCCAUUUGGAAAUGUAAUUUCCGCUAAAGUCUUUAUCGAUAAACAGACAAACUUGUCCAAAUGCUUUGGAUUCGUGUCAUUUGACAAUCCAGAAUCGGCGCAGGUAGCCAUUAAAGCAAUGAAUGGAUUUCAAGUGGGCACCAAACGUUUAAAAGUUCAACUAAAGAAACCGAAAGACGCCUCAAAACCAUACUAAAA